GCACAUAUUCCAUGAAGCGCGACCAAGGUGUAAACAAGAUCUAGUACAACUCAUAUUGGGAAGACUUGAGGUGCUCAAUACGUGAAUGUUAAUGUGCGGUUAUAACUUGAACAUUGUCUAAUACGGAUUUAAGAGAGUAUGGCCUUGAUUAAGACAUAUAUUGGCGUGUAACAUAACCUCAAUUUGAAACGAUGGGUGUGAAGCGUUUUUUCUCCCAUCUGUGGGCACUGAAGUCCAUAUGGAUCACUGUGAUUGCGUUCGGUUGGCCGCUUUUCUUCGCAAUUGACUACCCGCCAGAAUGUGAAAAGCAAUCCAAGUGCGCGUACGUGAUCAUCGUGAUGGCGGUGUUGUGGCUGACGGAAGCCAUACCGAUAUCAGUGACGGCUCUUCUGCCCAUCUUCAUGUUCCCAAUGACCGGCGUUCUCUCCGCGUCAAUCACCAGUGCGUCGUACGUUACGGACACAACCAUGUUGUUUUUGGGAGGCCUCAUAAUCGCUGUGGCAUUGGAAGAGACAGGUCUUCAUACUCGAAUAUCAUUAUGCGUCAUGAUAUUGGUGGGCGCGCAACCGAUCAUUACGAUGACUAUCUUUAUCAGCGGGGCACCAGGCACAUACUCAGUGUCUAUUCAAAAGGAUCAGAUGUCGCAAUUUCCACUGUUGGGUUUACCUGUUUUUCUUUUUAAUUCUUUGCAUUAAUUUGCAACAAAAUGAUAAAGAGUUUAAAUGUAAAAAAUGUAUUCAAGUAUUAUGAGCAAAGUAGUUACUUUAAGUUCACCACUAGUAGCUACAUACCUGUUGUAACCUGAUCGCGAUACAAUACAGUGCUUACAAAACUUUGUUAAAUAUAUUCCUGUUGUAAUUUAGAUAAGAUCUUAUUUACAUGUAAAUUUCUUUUGUUUGUAUUUUUGAGUAAGCUAACCUACUUUGACGAUACAGAUGUGAGUUGUUUAUUCAUCUAUGACAAUGUGAUGUUUUUGUAUUUCAUUAAUUUGAAUGCAGUCUGUAUACCCAAGUUAUUUGACGUACAGAUGCUGUUGACAUAUAUACUGGUUGCUUUAAUAUACUACAUUCAAACGGAAUAUAAAAACCGCUGAACAGUGUCAUAUAAGGGCAUGUGCACUAAACAUGUACUUUUGUAUGUAGAUCUUAUAUUUGAUAAGUUGCAAGUAUGUCUCUUUGUAUGUGAGUCAACGUCUGUCAGCAUGUCUAUUUAACCCAUUUAUGCCUAGUGGACUCUCCCAUCCUAAAUUGGCAAAAUUAGGGAUAUCUAGUAUAUUUAGUUCUAUAUUUAGAAAUUUUUCUUACAGAAAUUCCUUUAAGCAAACAGCGCAGACUCUUAUGAGGUCUUGGUCUACGCUGUUUGCCAAGGCCUUUUUUAAAGACGCUAGGCAUAAAUGGGUUAAUCUUGAAUAAUUUGUCGAUUUUGAUUACUAUGUUAGUAUGUUCAUCCUUACCUUGACAAAAUACAUGCUCGAUAAGAUUC